CAGCUUGUCUCCCUCCAACAGCAGCAUGUUGCAGCCUGUGAGGCAGGACGUGAUUCAGUUUAUUAUGGUCGGAGCUGACGGAGACUCUGUCAGAGCUGGACAGCAGUGGGAGAUUUGAAUCCAACACUUCAUCUAGAGAGACAUCACAUCCCAGAAAGGAUCUAAACCUUCUUUCAGGAUGAAGAACUUCACUCCUUCCCUCCUGACGACUCCCACCAAGGACCCCAACCUCGAGGACGACAGCGUUGUGAGCAACGACUUCUCCACCACGCUGGGCGCCCUCAUCCUCGGCCUGGUCUUCCUCCUGGGCGUCCCCGGCAACCUCUUCAUCGUCUGGAGCAUCCUGGCGCGCAUCCGGCGACGCUCGGUCACCACCCUCCUCAUCCUCAACUUGGCGUGCGCUGACGGCUUCCUCAUGGCCCUCACCAUCUUCUUCAUCAUCUACCUGGCCAAGCAGACGUGGAUCUUCGGAAAUCCCAUGUGCAAGACCCUGUUCUACCUGUGUAACGCCAACAUGUAUGCUUCCAUUUUCCUGAUCACCCUGAUGAGCGUGCACCGGCUGGUGUCCGUGGUGUUUCCGCGGAGACUGUCCUACCUGAUCAGCAGAAAGGUGGUGAGGAGGGUCAUCGUGGGCAUGUGGGUGCUGGUGAUGGUCAUUUCUGUCCCUUCGCUGGUGUUUCGAGACGUGAGAGAAGACAGCGACGAGAGGAACAGAACCAGACACGUGUGUGCUCCCAACCACACCCUGCCUCGACAUGUGAGGUUCCAGUAUGCCUUUGAGACAGUAGCAGGAUUCAUCCUUCCCUACGCCAUCAUCAUAACCAGCUACAUCCUCAUCCUGAGACGCCUCAGACAGACUAAGUUCCGGCGAAAGAUCCGCAGCGAGAAGCUCAUCUUGGCCAUCGUGGUGAUGUUCGGCCUGUUCUGGCUGCCGUACCACGUCAUCAACAUGAUUCAGGUGGCAGCUAUGUGGUACAAAGAGAAGUCACCUACAAGAGAGAUAUUGGACCACAUCUCUAAGUCGAGCCGUGCUGUCACCUCAGCUCUGGCCUUCAUCAGCAGCUGCGCCAACCCCGUCCUCUACACCUUUGCUGGCAAGUCAUACAUCAAGCAGAACGGUUUCGCCUUCAUGGCGAAGCUGUUCGAGGGAACGGCGUCUGAGGGGAUGGGGAACAAGAAGAGCCGAGUGUUGGGUAAAGACAACGUGGGUCACAGUAACACUGACUCUCCGAGCAACACGGUGGCUUCUACUGCACUAAACGGAAACACUCAGUGAACCUUGAGCUCUAAAUGGACUUUGUACAUAAACAAAAGAAACUGAACAUUUGUAGAGCUACAUGUGGAGUGUGUAGACGUCGUUGUGAGGCUGCAGAUGAACCGAAGUGGUGGAUUAUGAAUUUUAUUGGACAAUAGUGAUACCUGCACCUUUACACCAAGACUGUCAGUCUUUUUACAUUGCUUUAGUUACAGAAAACAGCAAAAUCAGUAAUACUGUAUUCACUUACUACUGCAUACAGCGCGCCAUCUACUUGGGGAUUAACUGCACUGUGGGAAAAACAUACUUUCUUUGCCCAGCAAUUGUAAAUAAUACAUACAAUAAAUGGUUUAUAAUACACUAGAUGAUGUAUGUUCUCAGCAGAUCUGACAUUUCUGAAUGUUUGCGAACAUACAGUGUUGAUAAGAAACUAUAAUUUGUCCUAUGAAGAUCUACUUUAUUACAACUGCUCUGGUCGUUUGCUUUCUUUAUUUGGAAGUUAAUUGAUGGAAAAUAUGUAAAUAAUUACAAAUUUUUUUACAAAUAUACUAUUGAAAUUGACUGAAAUCCACUCUUGAAAAUCACUUUGUUCCUCUUUGAAUUGUUUGGAGCUGGACUCAUAACAUUGUGUAAAGUUUUUAUAUUAAACAUUGUCAGUUGUGAACCUA